AUGGCUUCACGAUUAUUCGUGCUGGCUCUCGCGGGCUCAGUGGCCCUGGCCCAGGACAUGGACUCAAUGCCGCCCGGCCACGAAAUGUCAGUGACAGGGGACGGCAACAGCGUGACCGCAGCCGAGCCCGCCACUGCCGAGCAUGCCACUGCCGAGCCCACCACAGCCAGCCAGGCCCUGGAGGCAACAACACCCCUGCCAACGGCAAUCAUGCCGUCCGACGUCUCGGACGUCUCCGGCACGCCGACCACGUUGGUGGUGGACACGCAGACGCCCCCCUCGCCGUCUUCUAGCAUGAGCUGGUCCAUCACAACCACCCAUAACAUGGGCCACAUGACCCACGCGAACGCAAGCGGCGUGGCAGAGCCGACCGGUGGGGCCUCCCCGUCGGGCACUGGCGGUGCGGGCGACUCUGUGGACAAUGUCAACAGCGCCGUGCGCAGCGCGUUCAACAAGAUCUCGAUUGGGGUUUUGGCUCUGUGCCUCGUUGCUAGCGCAGCACUGCAGAUGUAA